AUGCCAAACUUCACGCUCGACGAUACGGAUACCACUCUCUCAUACUCUGCGAAUGGCUGGGCAGUGCAGACAUCGACCGACCCCGAUAUCGACCAGUUCUUCGACAAGACGUACCACGCGGCGGAGGUGGAUGGGGCGUCGAUGUCAUUCACUUUCCAAGGGAUAGGGUUUGCACUGUACGGAUCCAAGGGUCCCCAGCAUGGCAAGUUUCAGGUGCAGUUCGACAGUACUGUCGUGAACCUGGACGCGUCUGCCGCAACCUAUCUGUUCCAGCAAGAGCUGUUCGCGCACACGUUCACGCCCGUGAACGCGUCGGCCUCGCAUCUCGUCAAGCUCACGGCGGUGCUCAGCGGGGACGGGCUGCAGGGCAAGUGGCUGGACGUGGACUACAUCACCUUCGCGUCUGGCCCCUCGAGCGAUACAGUGAGCACCAUUGGAACGGUGACCUCCCUGCCCCCAUGGCUCUCUGGGUCCUCAUCUACAUCAGUGUCAUUAUCAACCGCCAGCAGCGCGCUCUUCACUCCAUCCAGCUCUGCAUCCACAGCAAGCUCCUCGUCCAAGACCCCGACGAUCCUUGCCGCGCUCUUCGGCGCGCUGCUUGGCCUCGCACUCGUCCUCAUCCUACUCUACAUCCUCCUGACUCGCGUAUACAACCGCGGGCGCGCACGCGAGCGCGUCUUCCGCUACGGCCAGUCCUCCGUGAACCCGGCCGGGUCGCUCGCGGGGACGGCCACCGCCGCGGCGUACGCGCAGUCCGCCGCGGGCUCCGGGAAGAGCGCGGGUGCGUUCGCGUCGCCCGCCGGUGGGGGCGGGACGAUGAUGGACCUGGUCCCGCUGCGGCGCGAGGAGAGCGUGGCGGCGCGCGACGGGAGCCUGUCGAGCAACCUGGGGGAGAUGCGGUCGGUGUCGACGGACGUGCAUGGGUAUGGGAGCAGGGAGGGCGCGGGGACGCCAGGCGGGGGGAGUGGGGGCGCGACGAGGGCGUUGUUGAGCACGAGCCCGAUUGCGUGGACGCGGCAGAAGAAGCACAAGGGGGACGCGGACUCGCUUCGGACAGAUUUCCUGCAGGUAUAA